UCUGUUCUACUCCACUUGCCCUCUUUUCUCAGUUAUCGCUCCUUCUAUCAGUCUUUCUGUCUGUGUUUCUGGGGUUCCCGUCCCUUUCUUCCCGCCAAGCUGGAUUUCCGGCAGGUGAAGCAUUUAAAGAGGAAGAGGAAGAGCAACUACAGUGUGAGAGAGACACAGAUUCUCAUCAGGGAGAUUCACAAGAGGAAGGACGUGUUGUUCUCCAGGCAGCAGACCACAGCCAUUAAUGAGCUGAAGAGACAGGCAUGGGAGGAAGUGGCACGAGGUGUCAAUUCACUGGGGGAAGGCGAGCUGCGCACGGCUGCAGAGGUGAAGCGUCGUUACCUGGACUGGCGCGCGCUGAUGAAGAGGAAGCAGCUUCAGGCUGAGCUCUCGCUCUCCUCCUCUUCAUCGUCCUCUUUGGCCCUGAAGGCCGAGUAUGAUCGGUCCCCCCCCGAGCACGAGGCGGCCUGUCUGGAGUCGGGCUGCGACCAGCUGCUCGACCUCUCGGUGCUGCCGAAGGACUAUCACUGUGACUGGCCGGAGCUGGCGGCUCUGGGCGAGCUGAGCGCUCAGGCCGCGGCGGCGCCGCCGGGCGUGAAGAUGGAAGAGCACGCCAGUGAAUACAGACUGGAUGCUCAUGGUGAUAUGGGAGAUGGAGAGGGAGACUUAGACGACGAUGACAUCCCUUCCAUCCUCAGCGAUAUCGAGUCACAGGGUGACGGCCAUCUUGGACAUGUUUACUCCCACAGUGACUUGGGCAUGACCGGCUCCUCCAAGGCGCCGACCUGCACCUCCAGCAGGGAGCUUCCUCUGGCCAGUGGCCUGAUGGGAAUGGCAUCUCACUGUCUGGGUGGACUCGGCGGUCAGGAGAACGUGGGAGCGGGGCUUCUGCUAGCCGUCGAGAAGCAGCGGCUGGACCUGGAAAGGCAGCGUCUGGCCGUGGAAACGGAGCGCCUGGCGCUGGAGAAGGAGCGGCUGGCCCUGGAGAAGGAGCGGCUGCGCCAGAUGGAGGUCGAGAGGGAGAGGCUGCAGCUGGAAAGAGAGCGGUUGCAAGUGGAACGGGAGCGGCUGCGGUUCCUGCUCCUCAACCAGCCAGAGCACGCGGACCUGCCGCCGCAGCAGGGCCCUCUGGCGCCCAACGCGUCCUGCUUGUCCUCACACGAGGCACAGAGGGAGAGGGACCAGGAGGGUAAAGGGUGGAUGACGGCGGUGGAUCUAGAGGCGGAAAGGAUCAAACUGGAGAAGGAGCGAGUGCAGCUGGAGAAGGAGAGGCUGCAGUUCUUCAAAUUUGAGGCCGGGAGACUGCAGAUUGAGAGAGAACGCCUGCAAGUGGAGAAAGAGAGAAUGCAGCUGCAAAAAGACCAUCCGAGUCACUGAGAACCAAGAGGAUAAACGAGGAGGUUAAAACAGUGGGCAAAGAGAAGUGAAUGAGACUUUUAAUAAUAAAAUGGUUGAUGCAGCAGCUACAUUUUUGCAGCAAAGGGCGCGAGGCACUGAAACCCUUAUUUCUGAUGGGAAGUUGGUCAGUAAUAUGAACCUAGUGCCUUAUGAUCCUCUUCAUUAAGUGCCAUGGUGCACCCAGCAGGUUAGCACCGAACACAUGUGAUGUGAGCAGAUGUUUAUGCAAUGCAUCAUCUCAUGUCGUUGUCAUUUAUGUCCCAGGAAGUUUGUGCUUAGGCAGCAACACCCCAGCGAGGCCUCCUUUCACCCAGAGCUACUUUUUUCCAAGGGUUACUUGUAUGUUGUUGUUGUUACCUGUAUGUUGUUGUCUGCAGCAUGUUUCAUCACAACGACUGAAAGCCUCUUGCUCAUAGGUCACAGAUCGGCAUCAUUAAAAGGUCUGAGUUCCAGUCCUGAGGAGUCUAAUACCUUAAAAGCCCAGCUGACAUUAGAACAGGCUCCUCAGCUCCCAGGUGGUUUCAGAUUUGAGCACAGCAGAUUUUAAAGUAUAUUUUUCUUUGAAAGCAGAGAUUCUUUUAAACUUUGAUUUAGGGGAAUAUCUCAUAUAAUACAGUAUGAGUGGAGCUAAGGAUGUACAGUAAGUUGCCUUGAUUCUUCUGAAAUUAGUGGCUCACACUAGUACAUAGCACUUAAAGUUAAAAACCUGUAAAAUAUCAUCGAUUAUGUGAUUUUAAACUGUCUGAGGUUACAACUAAUGAUUAUUUGGGUUGGUUUAAAUGUAUUUUUUUUAUCUGAGUUCUAAAUAUCAGAAGGUGUAAACACAAAUGGAAGAUACUUUAGAUUUACAUUCAUAGGUUUUGUAAAUGUAUUCACGUUUUAGUCACAUUCAGUUAUUAAAAUGUCUUUUUCUGUCAGAAAAUUAUAUUUGUCUAAAUUCAA